UUAGAAUUCGGCACUGUUCACCUUAUUCGAGAGAAUCCGGCACCAGCGACAGCCGAUCCCCUUCCCCCCCCUCUCCGUUUCUUCUUCUUCUUCUUCUUCCAUCAUCGAAUCGACCGAAAUCCCGAAGAAACACUGUUCGUCUUCUUCCUUCCGACGAACACAGCGGCGGCAGAACGAUUGAUUCAACACUUGGGCUUCCCCAACCCGUCAUUAAGCCAUUGUUUCGUUCGCCGGCUGAGCAGAACCAUCGACGGUAGCCAUUGCCCGAGCUGCAUACCCGGAAUAUCGCCCUGCCCAGUUCUUUUAUUGCAAGUCGACAUCACCAUUUUCGUUCAACAAGAUAGUCGGAAACGAAGAAGCCCGUGUCUCCUGUUGCAGCGGUCGGUUUCAGGCCAAAAUCCAACCAGAUAAACUCUGUCUUCUCUUCCCCUGUAUUUAGUUCUUUUUUCGUGUUUUUCCUUGUUUUCUUUCCCCUAUAUUUUGCCAAGAAACGAUCAAAAUCUAAUGGGAGAAGGUGACAGAGUUGGUGAUGAAGCUCCGCCGAACCAGUCUCUGUCGAAUCCUCAAUGUUAAUCCAGUCCCGCCGUAGUCUUCUCUUGGUAUUCUGAGUCAUUUGAUGGACUUUCUUCUGUAAGAGGUCAAAGAAUGUGUCUAUUGUACUUGAGAAGGUGAUAUCAGAGUUAAAAUCCCAAGAACUUCAAUAUGAGCUUGAUUUCAAAAUAUGGGUGCCGUUUCUCGCAUGUGUUCUAUGGACAACCCAUUGUUCGUGCAUCAAUCACAUUGAAAGCUGUGAACUUGGAGUGUAUCUCUCGAAGAUUUGGUGCUCCUGCAAAGAAUGAGGAGGAAGAAGAACUAGAAAUGAUUGAUCAGCGGAGGCUCCCUGCAAAUUACGACCCAACGAAUUUUGAUCCUACUGAGCAUCGGAGCCCACCAACUGAUAGGGUUUUUAGGCUUGUAGAUGAAGUAUCGGGACUCACAUUAGUUGAAGUUGCCGAGCUGUCAUCAAUUUUGAUGAAAAAAUUAGGUAUGAAGGAAGCACCAGUUGUUGGUGUCAUGAAACCGGGUGCUGCUGCUGGAUUGGCUGGAAUGACGAUGAAGGCACCAUCAGCCGCCAAGGAGGAGAAGAAAUUGGAGAAAACCGUGUUUGAACUGAAACUAGAGUCUUAUGAUGCAGCUUCGAAGAUCAAGAUUAUUAAGGAGGUCAGGAGUUUUACUGAUUUAGGCCUCAAGGAAGCAAAGGACUUGGUGGAGAAGACGCCUUCUGUGAUAAAAAAGGGGGUUUCAAAGGAAGAAGGGGAACAAAUAAUUGAGAAGAUGAAGGCUGUUGGUGCUAAAGUGGUCAUGGAAUAAAAAGUUGAACUGAUUCAGGACAGAAAUUGGUACCAACAGUUGAGUUUUCUUUGAUUUGUUUUCCUACAUUCAUUGUCUUCUAAAUGUCAUAGAUGCUUAACAUGCAAAUAUUUAUGCUACCCACUUCUUUUUAACUGAAGUUUUUAUUUGAGGAGUCUGCUAUUGGUUAUACUCAUUAUCGUCUAUGUUUCCUUUGACCUUACAAAGCUGAGAAAUUUUGAUUGACAAUGUUCUAAUUUGUA